UUGGAGAAUGGAAAAGAAUGGAGCCAGAGUUGGCAAAUCUUGAACAAUUUUUAUAGCAACAUUGCUGUUUUGCUUUCUAUUGAGUCCAGGGAUAGAUUGAGCCUUUGUAGAGGGUUCAACCAGUAUUGAUACAGUGUCGAAUACAAAGUACGUUGCAAGAUUCGCAGUGAACAAGGAUAGUCUUCUGCACGUGAAAGUCAGGACUAGAUACCAACAACACCAUAAUCUUGACUAUGUCAACAUUCACCUACUCUUGAUGAAUGAUGCUGAGUGGGAUAUGGCCUUAGAGACCGAUAUAUGUGAGAAUAAAAAGAAGCUAGCCAGAUUUAAUGUCUUGAUUCACAUGAGGAAUGACGGGGAAUGGACCAGAUGGGAACAAAGCAGAGUUAGAAUCAUUAAUAGACCUCAAGUAUGGUACAUGCUUCUCUGCGAUUGCAACAGAGAGACCAGCAUCGGAGGAUAUGAUAUGAAAGCUCUUGAUUUUGAAUUAGAAAUGACUAAUGAUGAAUCCCAUUUCUCUCACGAGUACUGGGGAGUCCUCCCAACAACUGUAUUUGCUUUGCUUGUAUUUAGUUAUCUUUUGGGGAAGACAACUUUGAAAUUAUAUUCUGAAAUCAAGAAGCAGGAAGAGUAUCAAACCCCUUUGACGCCGUUGUUAGUUGCAAUAGUUUUGGAAUUCUUGCAGCUAGUUCUGGGAGUUCUUCAUCUUAUCUGAUUUUCAUAUGAUGGCAGAGGGAUUUGGAUAUUUGAUGAUCUUCACACAAUAUUUUCCAUUCUAGCUCAAAUUAGCUUGAUCUCAUUGAUGAUAAUGAUCUCACAAGGAUGGACCCUUACUUUUGGAAAUUUAGCAGAGAAGGACUAUUUCAAGAUGGAGCUUGGAGCUGUCUUUGGGGUUCACAUCUUCAUCGGUUUUCUCUCUGUCAUUGAUAAUGGUGAAUGGUAUAAGUAUCAUGAUUUUGAAGGAUUCCAAGGUCUUUUGCUAGUUUCACUAAGAGUUGGUAUAUUUGGAUACUUCUUAUUAAAAAUCAGAGAGACAAUGAACCAUGUGCCUAGAAAGAACUUGAAGUUCAUCAAAGGUUUUAUAAUUUCAGCUUCGGCUUACAUGCUUUCAUUCCCAAUGUUCUGGCUGUGCUCAUAUUUCCUGAACCCUCAUAUGAGGCUGAAGUUUAUUCAUUUUGGAAACCUGUUUGUUCAAAUGAUUGCUAUUUUGAUCCUUGUAAACCAGGUUACUAAGAAGGAGAGUACUUAUAAUAAAGCAUCCAUGAGAUCUCAGGGAAUUCUUCCAAACACCAAGUCUCUCUAACUCAAUCUAAGAAAAUAAUGAUUUUAGUAUCAAUUCUGG